AGGUGAAUUUAACUAACGUGUUGAGAGUCCCAGUUGAGAGGUACAAAGAUGGGACAAGGUAAAGAAGUAAAGACGAGACCAGAUCCUCAGGUUGAGAUCCAAGAAAGAGGAGAAAUAUUCUUCUUUUAUAGGCCAAAGGUUAACAAAGAAGAAGCUCACAGCGUGGACGAUGUUCAAAGGUUAUACAUAGUCAUGCGUCCAGAGUCCGGUGAGAAUCCCGUUGAGGAGAAACAAGACCCUCUCUCUGGUAAAGAAGGUUCCGGUGACGAAGACGAGAAUAACAGCUCAAAGAAAGGAGGUGAAGGAGGACACGGUGUUGAGAAAGUGAACAUCGAGAAACAGAUUCUGUUACGAUUCAUAGUGAUGGGUAAGAAAACUCUUCCCGAUCCGAGCAAGAAGUCUCAACCUUUCUGGGGGUUCGUAGAAAUGGUGACGAAGAAAGUUGAAGAUGUAAAAGAAGCUCUUAAAGGAGAGGAAUACCAGACGAAGACUCGAGGUCAUAGACACAAUCCUCCCGCAAGAGCUGUCGGAGAAGGAAUAUACAGAAUUCUCCGACAUAAACCUUAUCCGACAAGAAAACACCAUACACAUCUUGUCUACAAACUCGAGUAUCCAUCGCCGACAGAAAAACACGAGCCACAAGAGUCGAUGAACAUUGAACCGGAAGGCUCUUUCUUGAUCCAAGUGCGUAACCCGGAGCAAGGAAAAGGAGGGAGAGGUUCAGGGUUUAGAGGGCUGAAGAGGAAAAGAAAGGCCCAGUUUCCAGCCCAUCUUCAGGCCCAUUUGGGUCACACCCGGUUUGGAGCAGCCGACCCGCCAGAUUUCUUGAAUUAUGAAGGGUGUGAGUUUUUACUGAUAUCGGCGUCUGAUGAUAUAGAGAAAGAGUUAGGGGUGGAGUUGGAGUCUGGAGGUGAAGGCGAUGAGUCCUCGUGCGAUCUUGUGAAGACUUUUGGGGACGAUGUGGAUGCUAUUCCUCUACUUCGCGGCACAUGGGACUAACUGUGGUGGAUGCUCACGUAAGAGCUAAAGUUAGAUCAUGGGUGAUAGUUAGUAAAUGGUAGCUAAUGCCUAAUGGCUCAGUAUAUACAAGUACGACUUUAGGUGGUUAACUUUUGGUUUGUAAUAUGGUCCUCUUGGUGUGGAGUUAUGUAAAUAGCUAAUGCUUAAAGCAUGGACGACUUUUUUGUUGUUGUUUUUUCUUGUAAAAAUGGUAAUGUGUUCUGUUCU